UGUACACAGUGAUAAGUCGCCGGCCAGAAUCACCUGUCUCCCCAGAUACCGCUACCGCCACCGCCCAUCGAUACGUAUCCGUACGGAGAUCGCGCGCGCUACCGCUGUGUCCCAUUGAAGAGUGUCUCUAUCGAAGAAUUUCCCAAUUUCUGCAUCCGAUUUCGUACAUCCCCCGGAGAUAUGUCAAAAUACGCGCUGCUAUUGCUGCUAAUCGCUGCGGUUGCGCAGGAAUUAACUGUAACGACUGCGCAAGAUUUGCCCGAAGGCUUUCCCAAGUGCAAGCGGGAUGCGAACUUUGACAAGUGCCUGGUGGAUGCUGUGAAUCAUGCGAUCCAGCUGCUGAAAGCUGGCAACAAGGAGUUCGGCAUCCCGCCCCUGGAGCCCCUGGCCGUGAAGAAACUCGUUAUAGAUGCCGGCAAUGCGCCAAUAAAUCUGCGGCAGACCUUGAAGAAUGUGAAGGUUCACGACAUGAUCUCCACCAGCAAGAUCCAGCGGUACAGAACCGAUCUGGACAAGCACUUGAUAAUCUGUGAUAGCCGAACGGACCGCAUCGAGAUGAUUGGCGACUACGAGAUGUCCGGCCGCAUCCUGCUGCUGCCCAUCACGGGACAUGGUAGGGCAAACGUGACCCUAAUCAACACCAAGAUCGAGCACCGUCUAAUCGGCGAGCCCUUCGAGCGAGAUGGCGUCAAGUACAUGCGCCUCAAGGACUAUCGGGUGGCCUUCGAUCCCAAGCGGGUGUACAUGAAUUUCGAAAAUCUCUUCAACGACAAAACCCUUUCGGACGGCAUGAAUCGGUUCCUCAACGAGAACUGGGAGACGGUAUUCAACGAGCUGAAGGUUGGCUACGCCAAGAGCUUUGGUAUCAUCUUCCGGGAGCUCUCGAACAAACUCUUCGAGAAAGUGCCCUUCGACAAUAUAUUCUUAAGCUAAGUGCUAACCGCUUUCGCUUACCUAUUAGGUUACACCUAAUUUAUGUUACUACUUAGUUAAUAAAGGAUUUAAAAAAUAA